AAGCCUAUAGUUUGUAGGAUCAUGUCAGAAUUCUAUAUUUUGACAAAUUUGAUGUGACAGUUGAGAAAUACUUAUAUUAAUGCGGUGUAAUGUACGAUGAAUCUCAAAUGAUAGUCGGCAUUCUGAGCAUUAAAUUGGGAAGUACGUUUUGAAUACCAAGCAUCUAACAAAUAUUUCUCGGCUUCCACUGACGUACGCGCAAUUUACCUGGCAAAAUAAUUUCUACAACUGUACUACGUGGAAUUAUCACAUUUACCAAAUUUGAAACAGCCGCACAUCAUGCCACGUACAAAGCAAGCACGCAAAGUAAAACAAUCUCGUGAUUCCUUAGAUGAGGCACAUUCAUUUAUCAAAGAUUUCGAGAGAGAAGGUAAUUUGAUAAUUCGCAAAAUGGAAGCAGACAUAGAAAUGAGCAUCGGGAGGUUGGAAACUGAAGUAAAUAUGGUAUUGGCACGUCUACCUUCGGAUAUCAGAAAACUCACUUUAGGCGAAAUUCUUGCUCUAGAAUCUAAAGAUGACAAGGAAAAUGAUGUGUCUUCUCACAACGUAGAACAAUCUUUUCUAUCUCCUCUACUAUCAACAGUGAAGUCCAAAAAACAAAACAAGCGAAUGACAGCUACAUCUGACGAUGGAUACGUGACAGAGGCAGGAACUAGACAAUCACGAGUGACUGCAGUUGGAAGUUCAAAAUUGCAUUCGCGAAGUUCAUCGAGGAGCAGAAAGACUAAAUUAAGCCAAGCAUCAUACAAAAUAAUAUCAAAAACGUCGAAAGAAUACAUAAACCAGUCUGCAAGUAAAUUCAAGACACCAGCCUUACUAAAGCGAACAAGUAAUGAAUUUGGUCCUGUAACACCCAAAGUGAAACCAAAUACUCCUAUGAGUGUGCUGCGUCGCCCGCGAGCAGGAGAAACGGUUAUCAGUAUGCAAGGCAGUCCGCUACUAGUAUCAGCUGUUGUGCAAGAACGUUCCGCCAAUGUUAAUGUCCCCCUCCACAAUGGUGAUAUUAUUUCGCUCUUACCGAAAGAUGGAUUACGACUGUCACAUAUCCCUACUCUUGACGCAGAGACGGUGCGACAAUUGGAAACUUUAAAGGGCCAUAUUGAAAAAGUUAUCAAUCAAUAAUUACGAUAAUUAAAUCUUAAAUCUUUGAAGUACAGUUUUUCUGGUAGCGUACAUGUACAAUUUUGUUAGCAUGUCUACCUGAGAAGUAGGUGUGAUUACACAAAAUAGGUAUUGAAGGUUAACCCUUUAGAAAUAACAUUUUUGAACCUAAUGACUGUAACAAUAUAUUGAAUUUUGAAAUUAAAUAGAUAAUCAGAAUGUAUGUAGUAAUAUGUUUAAAAACUGACAAUUAUAUAAUUCCAUCUUGUGUAC